AUGAGUUCAUCGGCCAUUGGAGAGCCCCACAACAAGAUCGUCUUCGAAGCGAAGUGUAUCGAUAACCAUUCCAAAGUCGUUGUCACGUUACAAGAACACAGAGAUGCCACAAAAACGCCCUCUUUGAUCGAUGUGUCCAAGCAACCUCUCGUCCCACAACCUCCGAAGGACUCAACCCAACAGCGCGAAACACACAUCAUCCUAUCCGUUGGCUCCGGUGACAGGAGCGCGGAAGACUUCUUCUCCAAUGUCGUACGUCCAGUUCUCGUAGGCAUCUACGACGAGGAAGUGGUAAAAGAAAUAAGCAUACAUACCACCCAAUCAGCAACCAGCAUCUUGGGACUCACAGACCAAGUAUUCUUCCCAGCUGCCAAUCAGAGUAGACGACUACGUAUCAUCCUUCUCUCAGGAGACGGCGGUAUUGUAGAUCUUGUAAACGGCCUCUUAUCAAAGACGCCAAAUCCGCAAACAUAUAUCCCACCCGAAGUUGUACUUCUGCCCUUGGGGACGGCAAAUGCAAUGUACCACUCGAUCAACGCUGGAGGGAAGAACACAUGGGGCUUACCCGCACUCGGAUCACGGGAAACAAAGCCUCUGCCCACUUUCACAGCUACAUUCUCCCCCGGCGCACGUCUUCUCACUGAUGAAGCCCGAAAAGAAGAAGAAUUACCAAAGGACAAACAGGGUAAUGGUGUCCUUCACGGCGCUGUAGUAGCUAGCUGGGGUAUGCACGCGUCUCUAGUUGGAGAUAGCGACACAGCCGAGUACCGCAAACACGGUGUUGAGCGCUUCAAGAUGGCUGCGAAGGAGGCUCUGUACCCUGCUGACGGCUCACCACCACACCCUUACAAAGGCAGGAUCUCCAUUCUUCAAAAUGGGGCUGAGUGGGUUACUUUACCGGAGGAAGAACACAUGUACGUUCUUGCCUCCAUGGUCUCACAUCUCGAACAGCCAUUUUGUAUAUCGCCUGCUAGUAAGCCACUGGACGGCACUAUGCACCUUGUGCAUUUUGGACCGAGGAGUGGGGGUGAGGUCAUGGCUGUCAUGGGUAAAGCAUACCAGGGCGGCUUGCAUGUGCAGGAAGAGGAUGUGAGAUAUGAGAGCAUUGAUGGACUGAGGAUUGUGUUUGAGGGCAAAGAGGAGGAAGGCAGAUGGAGACGUAUAUGCAUCGAUGGAAAGAUUGUGAGAGUCGAGGGUAAUGGAUGGGUGGAGGUGAAGAAAGUCAAAGACGGGGAAGGUGGCAUGAGGGUACUAGAUGUUGUUGUGCCUUAG